GGAGUUACAGAACCUCUAGAGGACAGAAUGGAGCAGGCUCUUUUUAGCCCUCCGCUUUCGAAGCAAUGUGUGGAAUAUGCAGUGCAACACAUCGGACAAUCUCAUGCUACUACUUUGGUUGACUUUGGAUGUGGUUCUGGAAGUUUAUUGGAUGCUUUAUUGAAUCAUCCGACUUCUCUGGAAAAAGUUGUUGGCAUUGAUAUUUCACGAAAGAGUCUAAGCCGUGCUGCAAAGCUGUUGAGUGCUGCUUCUGGUGUUCUGGACAAUAACUCCUUAGCAAGGAUCAGAAGCCAAGAAAAUGGCAUAUGCCAGUGAGCAUGGUGUAUGAGAGAAUAAAAUAACAGUAAGGACCAUAUACAUUUGUGGUUUCACCAUGAAAGAUAGAGAAAAUAUUUAAGACUA